AUGGAUAUUGUUGGGGCAUUCCCCAUGCACAUCAUCUGCCGGUUCGACAUCCCCCGUCAGCUCGUCUCUGAUAACGGAAGGCAGUUUGUUGGUCAGAGACUUAAAGAAUGGUGCGGAGGAUAUGACAUUCAGCAAGCCUUCACCUUAGUGGCCUAUCUGCAAAGCAACGGACAAGCGGAAUUUGCCAACCGCGAAAUUCUUAGAAUCCUAUGCGCUCGCCUCGACCACGUUGGAGAAAGUUGGAUAGAUGAGCUGCCCCGCGUGCUAUGGGCAAUCCGCACGACACCCAAGGAGGGAAUCGGGGCAACUCUUUUCCACCUGGUAUAUGAAGGUGAAGUAGUCGCUCCCGUCGAAGUUGGAGUUGAGUCCAAUCGGCUACAACAUUAUGAUGAAGAUAAUGCCGAGCAGAAGUUAAUGGAGCUAGACUUAGUAGAUGAAUGA